AUGGCAACUCCCACAGAAGGAAUCCAGAAGUACUUCAACUUCACAAAGCUACCAAUCGAAUUACAACUCGCGAUUAUCCACCUCACAUAUGAGCCUCAAAUUAUCGUUCUUGAAACCAAUUAUAAGGCCAUAACAGUACCACGUAACGUAACACCAGCACCCGUUUCUCUACACGUCAACCGCCUAUGGCGAGAGGAAGCAUUGAAGUUUUACGAAUUGCUGAGCUACGAGGACAUACCAGAACUCUUCCCAGACGAAACAACCAAAAAGCUUGCCUUAGAAACAUUGCCUCGAGUCUAUAUGAACUUAGCGACGGACAAUAUCAAAUUAUCUCCUCAUCCUCUAGAUCUGGAUGACGCGAUUCGCUUUAAUCAAGGAAAUCCAGAGAAAACAAAUCUCGGUGGUUUUGAAGAAUGCAAGGGAACCAUCGCUUCGGGUUACGGUGGCUAUUCGAAGGCUCUACAAAAUCACAUGUUUAAUCUCGAACACAUGGAAUUGGCGGCACUGUUACAUAAUAUACGGGAGAUGGUAUUUAUAGGACGCCAGGGUUAUGAAUCGGAAGAUCAUGUGAAAGAGUUGAUACGCUAUUAUGAGCAACAUAAGGCAAGAUAUAAGCACUACUUCACAAUCACUGAAAUUGGAUAUAUCAAGCAGGGUGUGGGCUUCGUUGUAACAGCAUCUAGUGAAAGACCACUUGUUGGUCAUAGACUAGGACGUAUUGACAAUGUUGUUAUUGAGAGAUUAAAAGCAUAUGGCUGGUUUCAGGGUUGA